AUGGUACGACAUCAGAAAAUCGUUUGCUCGACUUGUAGGAGGCGGAAAAGCAAAUACGAUGGGGCUACCCCAAGCUGCUCCGCUUGUGUCACCAGUGCUUCGCCUUGUCACUAUGAUAAAUCGCCUUCACUGGCCUACGUGCGCUCGUUGCAGUCGCGCAUUCGUGAACUGGAGCGCAAAGUUACCGCCCAGGCAAACUCUCCAUCCAGCCCGUCCUUCGCAGGUUCGACUUUCAGCAACCAGGGCGGUGACUCUAUAAGUCUGGAUGCGCUGGGGGAUGUUGGCUAUCACAACCAAACAUCUGCUAUACAUGAAGAUCUGCCACCGAAGAGUACUCAGCCAUUGCAUGUUGCGUCUCUAUUGUCGUCAUCGACAGACAAUCGCCGAGCAGCAGAUAUCAGACAAGAACUAGUAGCCAAUGCUGCUACCCAGAAGGACUUGGAGAUCAUGAACUUGGAUGCAUCGCAGUCAUUGUCAAAUUUAUCCAAUGAUCUUGCAGGUACUUUGCUACAGUUACACUGGUGUUGGUUGCAUCCGAGUUUUCUUUUUGUCUACCGCCCCGCUUUCACGAGGGAUAUGCCUCUACUUGCCCGUGGGGAUCGAUCUGCUACACAUUGCUCGCCAACCCUCAUGAAGGUGCUAUAUGCCCACAGUUGUCGGUUUGUACGGUCACCAGAUAUAGUGUGGAGCCAGAAUAGCCACAGCAAGUCGUUCCAAGAGCUUUCGGACCGUCUGAUGGCAGAGGCAAAGGCCUUGCUGGCCAUGGAAACUUUGAACCCUCCUGCCAUUCCCACAAUACAAGCAUUACUUCAACAGUCAGCUCAAGAUGUUGCGUGUGGUCGGUCUUCCUCUGCGUGGCUAUACUCCGGUAUGGCAUUCCGUAUGGCCAUUGACCUUGGGCUACACGUUUCUCCCGACAAACUCCAACAAUUUUCCACCUCACUUUCAGCCGAGGACAUUGAGAUACGAAAACGCCUCUUUUGGAGCUUAUACUCCUGGGACAAACACAUCAGCUUGUACCUAGGGAGAAUGCCGAAUUUUGUGAUGGGCGCUGAAAAUGUAUCGUUGCAGUUUCUAGACGACUUUACUGACCACGAUCCGUGGAUACCAUUUUAUGGACCUGACCCAAAGGCUGCAGAGCUUCCUCCAUAUCCUCCAACACCAGGCCAUGUCAUGUCUUGCUUCACAGAGCUAUGCAAACUUUGCAAGAUCCUGACACGGGUCAUGCUAGAACUCUAUAGUUCGCAGUCUGCCAGCCAUUCGGACAGUUCCUCGGAUCCCCGAAUGGCUGUGUUUAUGGAGAUCAAAAAGGAGCUCCAGGAUUGGCACUCCUCCUUACCAUCAUUCCUACAUAUACCACGCAAUGAUAUGCCCCAAUUAAGUCCACCGCCACAUAUCACGUCGCUCAAUUUGAUGUACCACAAUGCCCUGAUUCUUCUUCAUCGGCCGCAUGUUGCGGGCGGGGAUGUACCUUACUCUCCUGCAAUCCGAGAGAGUUGGAAGAUAUGUCGAGGUGCAACAACCGCGAUAUAUGAUCUUCUCAAAAUGUAUAUUCAUACCUUUGGAUAUCAUCAUAUCACAUACAUGAACAGUUACUGCACUUAUAUGGCUGCUACAACUGCCGUAUAUCAACUAGAGACACCGGAGGAAGGACCACAGUCUUCACAAUCACACCAGGCAGCUUGGACAGAGUUGAAGUUUCUGCUUGAUGUCCUUCAGCGUACCGCCGCAGCUAUGCCUGGUCUGGAUCGAAGUAUUGAGAUAAUUCAUGCGCGGAUCAAAAGGAUUCUCGACCGCCAGGUCUCCAGUCAACUCGAUUCGCUGUUUCCAGGCAGAAAGUCAAAGGGCCCUGACCAUACACGCCCUACAAACAAUAUACCCCAAACUACAGAACGCGACAGGGUCUCAAGUAAUAUGGCCACGGACUGCCCUGUUUACGAAUGGGGAAAUAAUAUGAGUACGGUCACAGACGAGGAUCUCUGGCUUCCAGCAUUCCCAGCCCAAGAUGUUUCUUACGGCCCGGAAGUGAUGCUGGACGUACAGGACGCUUGGAGUCCUCAGACGCGGUCGGCUCUCAUGGGCUCAAAUCUUGAUCCUCAACUGCGACUGAAUCUUUCAGUAUUUGGUGAACAUGCGAUGAGCCACAAUCCUUUUCCCAAUGCUUUGCUUGGCCAACUGCCAGACGCUUCAGCGGGAGACGUCGAUACCACAUAUCCAGCUAUUUAA